AUGGCGGCGGCGGGCGCGGCGGGCGCGGCGGGGACGGCGGCGGCCCGGUCGGCCGAGGGGCCCCCGGGGCCGGCGGCGGCGGAGCUGUGGCUCAAUAAAGCCACAGACCCAAGCAUGCCAGAACAGGAUUGGUCAGCUAUCCAGAAUUUCUGUGACCAGGUGAACACUGAUCCCAAUGGCCCAACCCAUGCGCCCUGGCUGCUGGCCCAUAAGAUCCAGUCUCCACAAGAGAAAGAAGCUCUUUAUGCCUUAACGGUGCUGGAGAUGUGCAUGAACCACUGCGGAGAGAAGUUCCACAGCGAGGUGGCCAAGUUCCGCUUCCUGAAUGAGCUGAUCAAAGUGCUGUCCCCAAAGUACCUAGGGUCCUGGACCACAGAAAAAGUUAAAGGAAGAGUCAUCGAAAUACUCUUUAGCUGGACAGUCUGGUUUCCAGAAGACAUUAAGAUCCGAGAUGCUUAUCAGAUGCUGAAGAAACAAGGAAUCAUAAAGCAAGACCCUAAACUACCAGUGGAUAAAAUCUUGCCCCCACCUUCUCCCUGGCCCAGGAACUCCAUCUUUGAUGCCGAUGAAGAAAAGUCAAAGCUUCUGACAAGGCUUCUGAAGAGCAGCCACCCUGAGGAUCUGCAGGCUGCAAAUCGGCUGAUCAAGAGUUUGGUCAAGGAGGAGCAAGAGAAAUCUGAGAAGGUAUCCAGGAGAGUCAGUGCCGUGGAGGAAGUGCGGAGCCACGUGAAGGUGCUGCAGGAAAUGCUGAGCAGGUAUCGCAGGCCGGGGCAGGCUCCGCCAGACCAGGAGGCCCUGCAGGUUGUGUAUGAGAGGUGUGAGAAGCUGCGGCCCACCCUGUUCCGGCUGGCGGGCGACACUGUGGACGACGACGACGCACUAGCGGAGAUUCUCCAGGCGAACGACCUCCUCACCCAAGGAGUUCUGCUGUACAAACAGGUGAUGGAGGGCCGCGUCAUCUUUGGGAGCACGGUGACCAGCACAGCAGGAGACACACCUGUCUCCAGAGUCUUGCAGAGUCCAGCAGCCUGCCCGAGGAGCUGCCUGAUUGACCUGGAGCUGGACAGUGGGUCUGAGCAGGCUGUGCCUGGGGCGCCAUCUCUGCUUCAUCAGGACCUGGCAGCCUUAGGAAUCAGUGAUGCUCCAGUUACCAGCAAGGUUGCUGAGCAGAGUUGCUGUAAGGAAAAGAGGAAUCCUGCGGGCACACUGCAGGGUGGCGGUGUUCAGAGCCCGUCAGCAGAGAGGAGCGUGCUGGACCUCCUCUCCCCACAGUCACCUUCUGGCGCCCUGAAUUAUAUUCCACAGAAAAAUAUCCCCAAGGAGGUGGCACCAGGUACUAAGUCCUCUCCAGGUUGGUCCUGGGAGGCUGGCCCAUUGGCUUCGUCUUCCUCUUCUCAGAAUACACCUCUGGCUCAAGUGUUUGUCCCUUUGGCGUCUGUUAAGCCCAGCAGCCUGCCUCCGAUCAUCGUGUACGACCGGAAUGGAUUCCGAAUUUUGCUCCACUUUUCCCAGACAGGGGUCCCUGGCCACCCCGAGGUGCAGGUGCUCCUGCUGACCAUGAUGAGCACUGCCACCCAGCCUGUCUGGGACAUUAUGUUUCAGGUGGCCGUGCCAAAGUCAAUGAGAGUGAAACUGCAGCCGGCGUCCAGCUCCCAGCUCCCAGCGUUCAGUCCUUUGAUGCCUCCGGCCGUGAUCUCUCAGAUGCUGCUGCUUGACAAUCCACACAAAGAGCCAAUCCGGUUACGGUAUAAGCUGACAUUCAACCAGGGCGGACAGCCUUUCAGCGAAGUAGGAGAAGUGAAAGACUUUCCAGACCUGGCAGUCUUGGGUGCAGCCUAA